CACUGGCCGACUGCUAUCAUCCUCUGCUCGAUCAGCCAGCGGAUCGGCCGUGUGCCGCGGCGGAGGCGGGGCCGGCGGCUGACCCAGAUCCGAACCACCGGCUUGGGCAAUUUGGGCGUCGUCAUGGACUCCUCCCGCUCCCGGAGUGCGGCCGCGGUGGCGGAGGCGGAGGCGCCGUGGGUGACGGUCGAGGAGUGGGCCGGCUCCUCCGCCUCCGCGCUCUCCCGCACCGCCAUCCUCACCGCCUCCCACUCCUCCCUCACCUCCCGCAGGUUCGGCAACCGGUGGUGGCGGGUCGGCGGCCGCCUGCUCGGCGCCUUCGUGCCCGAGGGCUUCCCUGGGAGCGUCACGCCGGACUACGUCCCGUUCCAGAUGUGGGACACCUUGCAGGCCCUCUCGACUUACAUCCGCGCAAUGUUGUCAACGCAAGCUCUUUUAGGCGCUAUUGGAGUAGGUGAGAAAUCCGCCACGGUCAUAGGUGCUACUUUCCAGUGGUUUCUCAGGGAUUUGACAGGAAUGCUUGGUGGUAUACUAUUCACUUUUUAUCAGGGAUCUAACCUUGAUAGCAAUGCUAAAAUGUGGCGCCUAGUUGCAGACUUUAUGAAUGACCUUGGGAUGUUGAUGGAUCUCUUAAGCCCUUUGUUUCCUUCAUCAUUGAUAGUUAUAAUGUGCUUAGGAAGCCUAUCUCGGUCCUUCACUGGUGUUGCUAGUGGAGCAACUAGAGCGGCAUUAACCCAGCAUUUUGCACUUGCAAAUAAUGCUGCUGAUAUAUCUGCAAAGGAAGGGAGUCAGGAGACACUUGCAACAAUGUUAGGAAUGGGACUGGGAAUGAUUCUGGCCCAUGUUACCAGAGGGCAGGCUUUGGGUGUAUGGGUUUCAUUCCUUUCUCUAACAAUAUUCCAUAUGUAUGCAAAUUACAAGGCAGUGCAGUCACUUUCGCUCACGACGCUAAAUAAUGAGAGAAGUUCCAUCUUGCAGCAGUACUUCAUGGACAAUGGUGAAGUCCUCACACCACAACAGGUUUCCAAGCAAGAGCACAUUCUUCCAUUUUGGUCAAGCUGGAGGAAAUUGCUUAGAAUUAAAUUGCCACAUGAACAUGUGCAUUUAGGUGCUAAAGCCUCAAUGCUUACACACCCUGAUAUGCUGCAGAUUGCAAAAACAAGGCCCUACUAUAGAAAUGAGAACUAUUUCUUGCUGGAUAAGGAAGGCAGUGUUCACAUUUUCAUUCACAAGCAGGCAGCGGCAACAGAUAUUUUGAAGUCAUUCAUACAUGGACUCGUGUUAGCGUAUUUGAUGCAGAAGAGCAAAUCCGCGCAUGCGGAGGCUAGCCAAUGGAUUGAUGAGAAAUAUAACACUUUUAUCUCAAAGCUGCAAAUUGAAGGUUACUCAACAGAACGACUUCUUUCGCAUUCGAUCGUAUGGAGGGCACAUUGGGUUCAUGGUCCCUCCGAAGAGAAGCUCGAGUAGGAGGAAACAGGUGAAGAUAUCAGUAU